CUUGAAUGGAAACGACGUACUUGUCGACAUCACGUUCCAACUCAAACGAGGGAACGUGUUGAACCACGCGGAUAUCGUGUCCACCCAUGUGUGAUGGGCCCCAAAGUAACCAUUAACUUUCGUAGUGUGUGACUAAUCGCUUUAUUACCAGUGUUACACUCGUUCUGACCAACUGUGUUUUACAUUAUCCAAAAUGCCCUAUGCUACUUUUAUAUCCAAAACCUCAGGAUGUUGCAAUGAUUCGUAAAAGUGUAUGACCCUGGACAUGUCGACAAUGUUGGGACUUUAUUGUCCAAUCAAAUUGGAGAUUGGUCCUUCACUCCGAAAUAUGAGAAUGACGAGCAUAAAACGAAAUGUGAAAUAAAAAUUGACACGCAGUCAGGUGGAGUGGGUUGACAUCACUUGAGCAUUAUUGUUACGUUCCUAAAGACAGAUGCUAUUUCAAUGAUUGACAUAUUUGAAGACAUCAAUUGUCAAUAAAAAUCAUUCAAGUCUUACUUGAUGAUUUUUUAUCAGCCAAUGAGAUUGAUAAAAUCGUAUCUAACGAAACAUCCAUAAAAAUGCAAAUAACUGAGUUAAAAAAAAAAACACUAUGAAAUAGUUGAGUGUUUGCAUUUAGAAGAUGUGUUUUGAAAAUGUGUUGACCAAGUGUUUACGUGUAAAAGCGUGUUAAAACUCACGUGUUAGUUGGAGGAUUAUUAUUAAGCUGUCAUCCUUUUGCAGUCGACCUUUUCAUGACUUCCAACAGAAGGAAUCAUUGGAGUGUGAACAUUUGAAUCAACUAGAAUCUCAUCUCUCGUCGUUGGUUAUCAACAGAGUGAAUGUUCUAUAUCCGUUAAUGAAAACCAAAGCUGCGUUCUGCGACGUGGAAACCACAAUCAGUCGAAAUCUUCAUACUACAGUUGAAGAAAUAAUCUUUACUGUUGAGGAGAAAUUUUCGAGUCCUACACCAUCAUGACGUUGAACUUGCAGCCAAGACAAAAACAAUGUAGUCGUGAAUGCCAACGAUGGAGCAAAAUAAAAUUAUUGUUCUUUUUUACAAUAUCUUUGCUAAAUGUUGACCGGACUUAUUCUCAAAGUUCUGAGUGUCCAUCAAGUGAAACGAUACCGGGAUGUCCAUGUUAUAAUUUUGAAGAUGGACUUUUUCUUGAAUGUGCUGAUGCGACUGAAGAAACUCUAAAAAAAACUAUGCUGAGUGUUCUUCAUGAAGGGGGACCAUCAACAAUAGUCCAAUCAUUAAGUAUUUACGAGUUGGACAAAAAUAUUGAAGAAUUGAAAGAAGGAUCCUUUCCACCUGGUUCACAAAUACGUCAUCUGCAAAUAUCACACUCGUAUUUGCGUGACAUUCAUGAAAAUGCAUUUUUGAAUGUCAAUGAUAGCCUAGAAUCUCUAGGCUUAGUGUCAGGACGAUUAGAUCAAGUGCCACAAAAGUCAUUGGCAAAACUUCACAAAUUAGCAGCGUUAGAUCUAGAGACAAAUCUAAUUCAAGACCUACCGUCCUAUUGUUUUUGGGGAUUGAAACUGGUGAAAUUAAGUCUCAAAGGAAAUCAGAUAUCUAAAAUAUCUGAGCACACUUUUGCGGGCUUAGAGAAUAGCUUAAAUGAUCUCGAUCUUUCAGAAAAUAAGAUAAAAGUAUUUCCAAUGUCAUCGUUAAGACGACUUGAGAGUUUAGCUUCAUUAAAGUUGGCAUGGAAUGAGAUUUCAGAAUUACCCAAUGAUGGGUACUCCACACUUGGUGGUUUGCUUAUCUUAGACCUCAGUAGUAAUAAUUUUGAUGAGUUAACCGAAGACUGCUUCAAACCCUGUCCCAUUUUGCAUACUCUGUCUCUGUACUACAACUCCAUUGAGACUGUGCACAAGGAUGCAUUUAUUUCUCUUAAAGAUCUCGAGUCUAUAGACCUUAGUCACAACAAAAUUGUCUUUCUAGAUGUAGCAACAUUUAAGUCAAAUGAGCGGUUACGCAACAUUGAAUUAAGUCACAAUCAUAUACAUUAUAUUGGAGGCGUAUUUGCAAAACUUACUCAAUUACGUGAGCUCUAUCUAGCAGAGAACAAUAUCCUUGAAAUUCCAGCAGAAGCAUUUAGCGGAAGCGUCAAUUUGGCAGUGAUCUAUCUACAACAAAAUGCGAUAAGGAGGAUAGACGGAAAAGGAUUAGCAAGUCUUAAUCGAUUAACGCAACUUCAUUUAAGCAAUAAUUACAUUGAAACUGUACCAUUGGAGUUCCUAGAACACUGCACUAAUUUAUCAGCGCUCUCCUUAGAUGGCAAUAAAAUUGAUGAACUUCGUCCUGGCACCUUCUCUAAGGUCAAUCAAUUAAGAGAAUUAAGACUUCAAGAUAAUCGAAUAACACAAGUUAAAAGAGGAGUAUUUUCACAAUUACCCGAACUUUUGGAGCUACAUUUGCAGAAUAAUGCCAUCAGAAGUAUGGAUACUGGAGCUUUGAAAACUUUGAACUCUCUUCAACAUGUUAACCUUCAAGGCAAUCAAUUAGCUGUUUUGGGUGAUGUGUUUCAACUUUCCUCUUCUGAAUCAUCCAAUGCUGGAAGUUCUCUAGUCUCUAUUCAACUAGAUAGCAACGGUUUGGCUGUUAUUCACAAUGAUUCUCUCCGUGGUCAAGCAUCUGUUCGUAUAAUGUGGUUAGGACAUAAUAAACUAACUCAUCUUCAAGCACCUCUUUUUCGUGAUCUUCUCCUCGUUGAACGUCUCUAUCUUACAAACAACUCUAUAUCACACAUUGAGGACUCCGCAUUUCAACCUAUGCAAGCACUAAAGUUUCUUGAACUUAGUAUGAACAAGCUGAGUCGCGUGAGUACAAGAACUUUCUCAGAGUUACAUGAACUCGAGGAGCUUUAUCUCCAAGACAAUGGCCUCAGGUAUCUUGAGCCGUAUGCUCUUACUGCUUUGAAGAAGCUUCGGGUUCUCGAUUUGGCGAACAACAAUCUGACGACUCUCAGUGAAAACAUGUUUCAGGAAAAUCUUCCUAUCAAAAUUCUCAACCUUAAAAAUUGUUCAAUUACUAAAAUAGAGGAUAAUACCUUCCGUGGGCUAUACAAUCUUACUCAUCUCAACAUAGAGAGUAAUCAACUUACUGCUUCAGCGUUAAAUAAGCUCAUCAUUCCAAGUCUCCGGACACUUAUUGCAUCAGGCAAUAAUUUUAGUCAUAUUAAUGAAUUUAGUUUCUAUGGACUAACAGGAUUACAAGAGUUAACAAUGAAUGAUAUACAAUUAUCUCAAUUAGCAGAAUCAACAUUUGUUCAAAACACCUAUCUUGUACGAUUACAUUUUAAUAAUAAUCUUUUACGAAAUCUACCCCCUAGUAUUUUUGAACGAUUAUCAAGCUUGAGGGAACUAAAGUUGGAUCACAAUCGAUUUAUUGACGUGCCCUACUCGGCGCUAACUCACAUAUCUAACUUGGAAAUUCUCUCACUGUCACACAACACGAUAGUUACUGUGGACAUUGGCAGCUUUGCUAACUUACGAUAUCUCCGGGAGCUUGAUCUCAGUCACAAUAGGAUUGAAUCAAUGUUCGGCUUUGCAAUGGCAAAUUUAUCGCGUCUCCUAUCUGUUGACCUAAGCCACAAUCACUUGAAUGCAUUACCAGCCAACUUUUUUGUUCACUCACCGAUGUUACGCAGAGUGGAUUUAUCGGAAAAUAAAUUUGGUCAAAUACCGGCAGUUGCUUUGUCUGGUCAGAAUCUUCCAGGCUUAACGUGGCUCAAUUUAACUCGCAACCCUUUACAUCGUAUCCAUGAAUUACCAGCUGAAGCGAUGUAUCCUGUACUUCAAGAAAUACAUAUUUCUGGUACGAAUUUAAGUAUUGUCACAUCACAAGAGUUUGAGGCGUUCCCAGCACUACUUCAUCUCUAUCUAGCUCAGAAUUGUAUUCAACGAGUGUCUCCAGGGGCCUUUAAAAAUCUUCCAAACCUACUUACGUUACAUCUUGGCACGAAUAGUCUUGAACUUUUACCCAAGGAAAGACUCCAAGGCAUGGAACACUUACGAAUACUCAACCUCACUCGUAAUCGUUUAAAAGAGCUUGAAGAAUUUCCACAAGACCUUAAAUCACUUCAGAUUCUUGACUUAUCUUAUAACCAUAUUGGUAUGGUUGGAAAAGAGACUUUUAAAAAUCUAGUAAGUCUAGUAGAACUUCACUUAUAUGGCAACUGGAUCAAUGCCAUCUCUAGUGAAGCUUUUCGACCUCUUAAGAAACUCCGACUUCUAGACCUCAGCAGAAAUUACCUGGAGAAUCUUCCAUUGAAUGCAUUUCGCCCACUGGAAACGCAAAUUCGAAGUCUCCGUGCUGAAGAAAAUCCCCUAUAUUGUGGAUGUGAGUCACAAGAAUUAUGGGAAUGGCUGCGUGAUCAUCAAAAACUGGUGGGUGGCGUCGAUCGAGGUCACGGUGGAAAUAGAGUUGGAGUAAAUGACGUCGAGGGUGGAUUACUUCGAUGUGAACAACCACCGGAACUUCGUGGCCUUGUCUUUCUAGAUCUUGAUCCCCGAGCUUUUUGUUCAUCUCCACUUGUCAUCAAACUAGCUAUUCAAGACAUCCAGCCUUUUUCUGUUCUAGUCUCUUGGCAAAGCCGAAAUCAUUCAGGACUUCACGGCUACCAAGUCGCUUAUCACACUCUAGAUAACGACAAUGAGAUCCGAGGGAAGCUUUUAGAUCCAAAAGCAAGAUCAGUAAGACUAUCAAAGCUAUCUCCAGACACCAGAUACCUCAUUUGCGUCCUUGGACUUGGCAGCUGGGGCACGCCAAUCCCAGAGGACAUCAGUACUUGGCAGUGGAAUGCAUCGAACGAUGUAAUCGAAAGCUCUGUACCACCAGUCAUGAUCAAUUCACCCAUGAGCAGGUGUACCGAAGUUAGGACACUCGAUGCACCGGAUUCGGUGAUUGGAGAUGCUCCCUCUGAUCGAAGUGGUCUAGCUAACAUUCUCACAAGGAGACUAGGCUUAAUCGUUGGCAGUUGUAUGGGAUUUGUCGUCUUCAUCGUCCUAGUAUCUAUUCUAGGAUACAUGAAAAUGAAGAAACAACGUGCUGCAAUGAAACGAGAACAACCAUUAGCACCCAAUCCACCUGAAUACAUGUCCUAUAGGCAUUUCUCAUUGCAAAGUGGUGAUCGCCUUGAAAAUCCUUGUCCAAGUUUCAUUACAAAUAUUGGAACUACCCCACUUAAUUCGUAGCAUCAAUCCUUCCAUGAAUGGAACUCUGAUUCCUACGAGUAUGGAAUUAAAAUGAAGGACAUAACAGAUAAUAGCAUCUUUCGUUAAAAGUAAAAUUUUGGGUCAAGAUGUAAUGAUUAGAGUGAAAAAUGGUGAAGAACUUUUUUGUUAAGUGCAAGCUCGUGUGCUCGUGCCAAAAAAUCUUGUACUGAACAUUUAACUCACUAUUUGUCAUGUGAGAUAUAAAAAUAUUAAAACAACGAUGCGGUUUCAUCGCAAUUUCUAUUAUAUAUUUCUCGUGGAUUAAGACUGAUUUUUUAUUACCCUUCCCACUUUUUUUAUUCAUUCUAUUACCAACAUUCACAUGAUUUUAAUUAUUGAUGUACCUACUAUGUAAGAAAACUAAACAUGUGUU